AAUAAUUAGAUGGUUUGUAAUGAAUAAGUUAUAUAGUUGAUGCGUAACUCAUAGGGAUCCAUGUAGCAGCUACCCUUGUUCAUUUCUUCAUCAAAAAAGUCUCUAUUCGAAUUGAAGUCUGAGGUGGAUAGCACCAAGAACUAAGAUAAUUGUAAAAAUAUCAAGAAUAGAUUCACUCACUUUUUAUGCUAACUUGCUAAAAACUAAGGAAUUGAAAAUAUAGAUUCUUGAAGGAAGGAUAAAAGUGUGGGGAAGGGAAGAGUUUCAACUGUAGAAUAAGAAUAUUUAGACAUCAAAAAGGAGAUGCCUUUAAUUGCAAACAUAUAUAGGCUUUUUUUUAAAAAACAAAGUGAUGCUUUUCCCACGACGGCCACGAGGCAUGUUUGUAUAAGAACAAUAAUAGGAGAAGUCAAGAAUAGUGAAUGAACAAAUUAACCACCAAAAAUGUCUAAAUGCUUGUUAGGCAGGAAUCAGAUUCCCAAUCAGUCAAUAAGACAGCAAAAAAAAUAAAUGAACAAUCCAUAAUCUUUCCAAUUCAUAGAAUUCCAUCAUUGCCUCCCUAGCACAUAGAAAAAUCUUCCUUUCUUCAUGACUCAGAAGUUGUGUUGCAUGGUGAUGAGGAUUAACAUAGACUGCAAAGGAUGUUACAUGAAAGUAAGUCGGGCACUUCUCACAAUACCAGAGCUGGAGACAAGAUUCAUAGAGAAAAAUCACAGCAGAGUAAUUGUUUGUGGGAAUUUCAUACCACAAGAUGUGGCCAUCAAAAUAAGAAAGAAGACAAAUAGGAGGGUUGAAAUAUUGGAGAUACAAGAUUUGAGUGGCAACGAUGAACCAAAGGAAGAGCAAAUGCCCUUAAUAACUUCUUGUGACAACCAAGCUGAAGCAGAAACUUAUGUAACAUCACAAAAUCCACAACCACACACCUACUUUCAAGUUUACCGCUAAUCAAAAACAUAUAAUUGUCUCUUUGUAAUCACUUUUUUCUUCUUCUUAGAAUUAUAAUUUCUAGUGCCCUACUGGAUUUAGAUCAUUCCAUUUUGUAUAAUUAUUGAUUUAUUGUGGAUGGACACUUUGACAGUUUAAUUG